AACCCUAUACUUGACAUUGUGCACUUACAUGCACAUCGUAUUCAGUUUUUUUUUUUUAACAAAAUCUAACAUCGAAUCUUUUUAAGAAUAACUCUAAGUGACUUCGUAAACGUCUCUUUACGUAAGAAAAAGAAAUCUAUAUUUGUCUCGCUCACACAUUGUCAGUGGUGAACAAAAUGGCGAGCCGUCGGUCAGCGCCUGCGCAACGCUCUAUGACUAGAAGUCGAAAAAUUCUAGCUUUGGUGCCUAAAUGCGGAGCUAAGUCUGAUGUAGAAUCUAGCGAAUCUUCGGAAGAUGAAUUCCAGAUGUGUAGGCCUCAUCAAGAUGUCUCCGAAGACAGUUCUCCUGUCCGAUCAAUAGCGUCAUCUGUCGAAAAUGUAAAUAUCUCUGAUAGUGAUGACUGUGAGUAUCGAGAAAUAUACGCCGUUGCUUCUGUCCAUGAAGAGCCGAGAUUCGGACACAACACUACUGACUCUAUUCCAUACUCCCCUUCUAUUCUUCAACAUGAUCCUGACAUUAUACCGCCUUCACCAUCAGUUUAUAUUCCACCAUCACCAUCUAUAGACUCAAUCUGCAGUCCCGCAUCUUCAGCACCUACCGCAUCUUCAGCACCUGCUGCACCUUCAGCACCUGCUACCGCAGCUACCGUGCGUCUUCGGCGUUAUAAAAAAACUCCGGUUAUCGUAAAGAAAACAAUAUUGAAACCUAUUAAAAUGUCUGUUAAAUGGACCAGAACGAAAUUUCAAGGAUCAGCAGAUAUAGAAGAUAAUAUGUUUUUCAAUUCUACUGAUAUUGAAAAAUCGCCGCUUGAUUACUUUAACCUAUUUUUUACUGACGAUAUACUAGAACUUAUUGUAUACCAUUCUAAUUUAUAUUCGGUACAAAAGAAGGGCACUUCAAUUAAUAUAACCAAAGACGAUAUAAAAGAUUUCAUAGCUAUAAAUAUUUUAAUGGGUGUUGUAGACAUGCCGGCAUAUACUGAUUACUGGUCCAAUGACUUUAAGUACCAAAGAAUUUCCGACGUCAUGACAUUGAAGAAAUUUCAAUUAAUUCGACGAUACAUUCACUUCAAUGAUAACCUUAAAGAUGACGGUGACAGGUACUAUAAAAUAAGACCGCUUGUAGAAAAAGUUCGUCGUAACUAUGCGUCUAAUAUUCCUGAAGGAAAACGAUUCAGCAUCGACGAGAUGAUGGUGCCUUAUAAGGGUACUAGAGCUGGGAGCCGAAAACAAUAUGUACGCAAUAAACCCAAAAAAUGGGGCUUUAAGUUUUUUGUCCGUGCUUCUCCAUCUGGCCUCGUACAUGAUUUUAUUAUUUAUGGAGGAGAAGAUACUUUUAGACACCAUACUUUUUCUGAAAAAGAAAAAGGAAUGGGUCUUGGAGCCAAAGUUGUAAUAGCUUUGGCCAAAUCUAUCAAGCAAAAACCAUGCUCCGUACUUUACUUCGACAACUUUUUUACGUCAAUUGAAUUGAUGCAUCACCUAAGGAAUGAGUAUGGUAUAUUCUCCUUAGGUACAGUCAGGACAAAUCGACUUCGUGGGGCAGAAAAAAAAUUACCAUCUGAUAAGGAGUUGAAGAAAAAGGGCAGGGGAGCUUUUGCACAAGUCGUGUCUAACGAACACAAUAUCGCAGUUGUGAAGUGGUUCGACAACAAGUUUGUUGUGGCUGCAAGCACUUAUGUCGACGCUCACCCUGUACAGAAUAUAAUGCGGUACAAGAAAGAAGAAAAGAAAAAAGGUCUGGUCACGUGCCCAAAUUUAAUAAAGCACUACAACGGAAAUAUGGGUGGAGUUGAUCUAGCAGACAUGUUAGUUGCUUUAUAUCGUACUGAUUUGAAAGGCCAUCGUUGGUAUUUAGUAUUGUUUUCACAGAUUCUGGACAUCUGCGUCAAUAAUGCCUGGUUGCUGUAUCGUCACGAGAAUAGUAGUAAACCAAAACUUUUGCCACUCAAAAAGUUUCGAGUCGCUUUAUUUAGGCAACUGCGUUUUUUUGAGAGGAGUUCUGAUCUACAACCUGAUACUCUUUCCAAAUCAGUGAAUCUAGAAGAAAUAAAUAUUACUCAAUGA